GGUGCUGGAGGCGGGGCAGCCGAGGAUGAGUCCCGGGGCCUAGUCUAACUCCACUUUUUCUCCUUCCGCACAGCGGGUUUCCGCUUCCCUCCAGGGCACUGGGUGAGGCAGUGAGGCCGAGGCUCGACGAGGUAGCGCCGCUAUGUGGCCCCCGGACGCAGAGCCGGAGCCCGAUCCGGAGUCCGCGGACCGCCCCCGAAGUGGCAGGACCGUGCCCGGGCUCCGCGCCCUGCUGCCUGCGCGCGCCUUCCUCUGCUCGCUCAAAGGCCGCCUCCUGCUGGCCGAGUCGGGACUCUCAUUCAUUACCUUCAUCUGCUACGUGGUGUCCUCGGCAUCUGCCUUCCUCACCGUACCUCUGCUGGAGUUCCUGUUGGCUGUUUACUUCCUCUUUGCUGAUGCUAUGCAGCUGAAUGACAAGUGGCAGGGCCUGUGCUGGCCCAUGAUGGACUUCCUGCGCUGUGUCACGGCUGCCCUCAUCUACUUCGUCAUCUCCAUCACAGCUGUCGCCAAAUACUCAGAUGGAGCUUACAAAGCAGCUGGAGUUUUUGGCUUUUUUGCCACAAUUGUGUUUGCAAUUGACUUCUACCUGAUCUUUAAUGAAGUGGCCAAAUUCCUCAAGCAAGGAGACUCUGCAAAUGAGACCACAGCCCAAGAGACAGCAGGAGAUCAUUCCAACUCCAGCUCUGAUUCCGACUCAGACUGAGAAGGCCUGUGUGUGCCUGCGCCUGGCGCCACUCAGGCCUGCCAUCCAUACCGUCCUGAUGGGGCUACAGGAGCAUGACAGUGGACACCCACGGGAGAGCAGACCGAGGAGCAGGUCUCCAAGAUUAUGGCCCCUGAGCCUCACACUCAAAUUGGCUGUGCUGGCUUAGCACUGCUGAGCUGGCGCCUGAGGAGACUGAAUAUCCUGCCUUCUCCCGUUUCUGUCCUGAAGACCUGAGCCUUUGAACCUCGCUGCCCCAUGGGAGCAGAGCAGACAUCACAUGGAGCCAGUCACUGCGGUUCAGGCAGCUGCGUGGGGAGUGGUCACAGCAGGCUGACCCACCCAGCCCCGGUGGGCUCUGCGUGGAGGCUCCUGUUCACGCCUGCACUUUGUUGAGAGGACUUUCAGGAAUCUUUGUUCGAGAAGUUUCCCUCCUCACUGUAAAAUGGGGAGAAACCCAACUAGCCAAGUCUUCCAUUGUGGGUCUGAGACCUUUUCAGCAAAGAGCCCAAAGACCUGUCUGUCUACCAGGGCAGUGGCGGUGGGUGACAAAGUCACAUGUGGCUGGGCGGGCCCAGUCAAGCCCUCUCCUGGGAGCCACCUGGACAGGCCUGCUGACAUGGGCCUUCUCUGUGUUCACUUGGGGGUUGAUGCUGUGUGUGUCUUUGAUGUUUUCUAACUUUUUUUUAUAACUUUUUUAUUCAAAAGCAAUGUAACAAAUGGCAUUUCUGUGGCCUGAGAGGCCCCAUGAAUGAGCCAGAGCUCCGGGCCCAUGUCUUAAGCUGUUUGUAACCUUCUUCCUACCUUGCAUGUAAAUCCCCUCCCUAAAAGAAUGCCACAAUGGAUUAAAAACAAAGUGCCUACCUGCUCAGAGUGUGCCCGACUGAGAAACGCACCCGCCGCCUGCAAUAACUGCCCAUUUCAAUGGCCACGGUGGGUCCUGGUGGCCGCCAGCAGCGGUGCGGCAGUAUUCAUCUCUGCUGGGCAGCAGCAUCUGACCACCACUGCCUUCUACUCAAUCUUAGUCAAGGCAGUGAAGGGUGAGCAGGCAGCCUGGCUAGGAUGGUGUGUCCUCCAACAACCAAAACCUGGGUCUUGAGCAGGGAGCUCAGAGCAGCUGCUAUGAGGAACCCAGUCACCACUCAAGCCCAAGUACCCGGGGAGCGGCAAAGCCUUCUGCGCACCAUCACUGGAAAUGCACACUAAAACACGUGGACAGCCAGACGCAGAGCCAGGCUGUGCAAUGCCCUGGAGCCUGGCAAACUGGUUACAGCCUGUUGACUGUGGCUCUGUCACCUCUACAGAGCAAAUUUGUUUGCAGGAGUGAGGAGAAAGGAGAGACUAAAACAUUUUAUGUGUCCAUUUAUUAAACAAGAACUCCUUCAUGACAAUA